CGGAACCAUGAAUUCUCCUCGGAGAGGGGUAGUUUUGUAAUUUCACCCUCAUUUUUGUUGACAAAAAACAAUCUUCCUCUUUGUCCCCCCACUAGUCCCUGAUUCUGCUUUGGCCAAAACUUUCCUCCGCGUCGACUGUGAGUUCUCGAGGAUUCCGGCGACGACUUCAAAUCCGGCGACAACGACAUCAGACAACGUCAUUUGCCAGUGAUUAAAGUAUAUUCGACAUAAAAUCUGGCAUCGAUGGAAGGCAAUUUCCCCGAUAUUUUAGCCGAUGGAUUCGGCUCCUAGGCAUUUAUCACAUUUCCCUCUUUUGAUUAAUGUCGUAUAUGAUUCAGUUGUUACGAAAACCCAAUUGAUUACAUGGAAAUAUAUAUAUAUAUAUAUAUAUAUAUAUAUAUAUAUAUAUAUAUAUAUAUAUAUAUACAUAUUUAGAUUUGGGAUGUAAAGAUUCACAGGUUCAAUUUUGGGGAAGAUCCAUUCGGCGGAGAUAUACGUCAUUCCGCAGAGCAAUCUCCACAGAGUGAUGUAUUCCCUCCGCAGAAUGAUCUAAGUCACCAAAAUUGGGUCUCUGCGGAGGCUAGAGGUUAUUCCGCAGAGGGUGCUCCGCGGAAUGACCUCCAGCCUCCGCGGAAUGACCUUCUGAGGUAUUUAGUUAUAUAUAAAAGUAUGUUGUUAUUUAUUUUCAAUUACUAACGUUUUAUAUAAAAUUAAAUGUUAUGUUUUGUAGCACGAUGAUCUCAAUCAAAAAGCGAAUUUAAAAUGCGUGGUGGGUACUAUUAUUAAAGACUAUUUUUUGCGCCUAACACAAUCACAACGAAUAUUAUUCGAAGCUUCGCCAUUUGGAAUAUUCUAUAUCCCACAUAGUGAUCUCUUACUUGUGCAUUUGAUGAUGCUGCACGAAGUAAUGUGUCAACAAGUAUUUGAAAUGGAGAGGUUUCUUUUUGACAUACAGGGGAUGCAGUUGGAUUUUGGUGAAACUGAAUAUAUUCUUAUUUGUGGUUUAAAAGUUGGUCCUUAUAUGGAUUUACUCUAUGACGAAAAAGGCCGGUCAAAUUCAAAUCUUCGUGCUCGGUUGUUCCCAGACAUUUCUGAUGCACGUUUGCGGCUGAAAGAUUUAGAAGACUACAUUAUGUCACCGGAUUAUUUGUCACUUCAGGAUGAAGAUGUUGUAAUGCUUAUCCUACUUGUUUUUAUGUUGAAAGGUCUCCACGGAAGGGACGUUAAAACGGGCAUUCCCGCGGCAGUAUAUAAGCUUGCUGAUAAUAUAGAUGAUUGGAACAAGUAUUACAUUUAAAGAUUGUGUAUAUAUACAAUAAUAGUAAUUAUAAAAAAUAAAUUGAAAACUGCAGGUUUGCAUGGGGUACAUAUUUCUGGACCUAUACUUUGCGGUUUAUAUGUGGAAUGUUUAAGAAAAUAGAAGAAUUUAGACUAUUCAAGUAGGCCAAUUCCGAAUCUAAGAAAGUACACAAGUAUAUUGUUCCCGGUUUUAUUCUUCCGUUUAAGGUUAGUUUCUAAUGCAUUUAAAUAGUUAUCAUAGUUCCGUUUAAGCUUACAUUUUUUUACAUAGAUAUGGAUUUUGGAGACGUUCCCCGAGGCAACCCAGUUUUAUAUACACAUGCCGAAAAAAUUGCCACGGAUGAGGUCGUGGAGAAGUAAAACACUGUUAACUUGGGUUCAAUGUUAUCGAAUAAUCAUCGUGUCUUUGCCUAACAACCAACCUAUUUCUAUCGAGGCUUCCCCAACGGAAUUGAUGUUGUCGUUUUAUGUUUGCUACGUGAACUGGACUCUUAACCAUGAAGAGUCUUCCCCACGGCAACAUACUAUGGUCCGAAAUAGUCCAGAGUCUCCCCAACCGCAACAUAGUCCGGUCCGAAAUAGUCCACCUAUUGUUGCCUCGCCUCCUCGAAGAAAGAAGUACAAGUCGGAAACAUCUUCGACUGAAUCUGACACAAAUGCUUCUUACUCGCAACAUGUUGAUAUAGAAAGAACUUAUAUGUCAACCAACACAUCAACAAGGUUGGUAAAGAAGAAGAAGAUGAGCAUAAAGGUAUUAGUGAAGUGUCUACUAGGCGUUGUGGCUGACUUAUCUUCUAAAGUAGAUCGUGUAUUAAAUAAAAAAUAUGAGCCAGACACAGGGUUUGGAGAUGAAGAGGAGGAGGAGGAGGAGGAUAUGAUAAAUGAAAAGGAGGAAGAAACAUAUUACCAUGGUACACAGUUGAACUGUGAUGAUUUAGGUAGUCAUGGUUUGGAUGGGGAAGUUGGGCGUACACCUACGCAUGUUGAGCUGUCACUGGACGUGGGUGAACAUCACACAAAAACAAUGACUCCUAUUGGUAGGCCACAACGAAAGAGGGGUGUUCCUUGGUAUCAGCAGACUCCGUUCAUAGUGACGCAAUCCACACCAAAGUGAAGAAAAUCAUCAAAACAAGGAAAAAAAAGUAGUGGAGAGUCAUGAAAAAACAAAUGAAGACAUUGUGAAUGAAGAGAAUAAUGAUGUUUCAAAUCAGCUCUUGUUGGACAGUGUUCAUGCUGCUAGUACGCUGAGUUUUUGGAAAGAAUGGAGUAUGAUCUCUUCCAACCCCAACACCAAACAUAGGCUACAUAUACUCCUACUGGAUGUGGAGUUUUGGUCGAGGUUACUUGCAGUUACUGACUCUGGGUGGUUACUUUCUUCGGUAACAUUCGUUAAAUUUAAAUUUUAACUACUUUUUAUACGAUAAUUUAUAUAAAUAAUUGUAACAUUUUUAUCUUAAAAUGUACAGCAUAUUGCGAUAUUGAUUGCCCUGUUUAUGGAAAGACGGCCGGUGAACGCAAGGUGGACGAUAUAUCCUCAAGAAAUCAGUUUGCAACUAAAAAAAUCAUUUUGUUUUAGGCAUGUAGCAAGUGGUGUUGGAGGCCGUCCUAAAUGGAAGGAUGUGGAUAUGGCUAGUUAUGUUUAAUAAUGAUUUAUGUAUAUAUUAAAUAUUACUCAAUUUACGACUAUUUAAUGUAUUUAUUGUUUGCAGGUUCUACUCCCCAUAAAUGUUGUUGCUACCCAUUGGUUUAUGGUAGUGCUACAUUUAGAUACCUGGAAAGUAGAUAUUUAUGAUUCAACACGAUCCAUGAAUUUCUUCUCAAAGUACCUUACUGGUGGAGAAUUCAAAAGUUUUGGAGAUAGUAUUAUCUCAGAGUUAGAUGUCAUUGAGUACUCGAACGAUUUCCCCGUUGGACACAAAGACAAAGCAACAGUGGAGUUUAUUGAUAUUAUAGAUGUGCCACAACAUGAAUAUACUCUUGAUAGUGGGGAUUGUGGAGUAUUCGUAUGCAUGUUUAUGCAAAAGGUUGUUUUCGGGGUACCAGUGAAGAUUGAUAAGCCACGUAGAGAUGCAGGAUUUAUCUACAGAAAUAGGAUGACAAAUAUUAU